AUUAGAAGUAGGAUAGGAAAUUCCAUGAUUCAGAGACAUAUUUCUGAAAUCUUUCUGACAUCUAUAUUAUAUUAUGUACGAGAGCAAUUGAGCAUAUACUGGAUGCUGUGGCCCUUGCCUGAAAUCGUAAGACUUGGUGCAUGGCUUCGAGGGACAAAGCGAAGCAGAGGCAGCAAUGUCAGAGAGGCUCCUGAACCAGCUGGUGCGUGGCCAAUUAUUGGCCACCUUCGCGUAUUAGGUGGUGCUGAUAAGCUUCUUCACAAGACACUCGGAUUAAUGGCUGAUAAGUAUGGGCCGGCAUUCAAUAUCCGGAUAGGCAGUCAUCGAGCCUUUGUGAUUGCCAGUAAGGAAUUGGCAAAGGAAUGCUUGACCACAAAUGACAAAGCUGUUGCUUCUCGUCCCACUACAGCAGCCACAGAGCGCAUGUGCUAUAACCAUGCCAUGUUUGGUUUUGCACCCUAUAGCUCUCACUGGCGUGAGAUGCGAAAGAUAGUAAUGUUCGAACUUCUUUCUAACAGGAGACUUGAGAUGGUUAAAAACGUUCAGGCUUCUGAAGUUGAUAUAGGGUUAAGGAAGCUUUAUAAUCUGUGGGCCGAUAAUGGUUGCCUUCCAGUGCUUGUUGAACUUAAACAGUGGUUUCAGGAUGUAACAUUUAACGUGAUUGUUAGAAUGGUGGCUGGAAAGCGUUAUGCUGGUUCCUCUGAUGACUAUGAGGCAAGACUCUGCCAGAAGGCAAUUUCUCAAUUCUAUCACUUAAUGGGAAUCUUUGUAGUUUCAGAUGCACUUCCGUUUUUAUGGUGGCUGGAUCUGGAAGGGCACAAGAAAGCAAUGAAGGAGACUGCCAAGGACCUUGAUACUGUACUUGCAGGUUGGCUGGAAGAGCAUCUCCAAAGGAGAGUUCCAGGAGAGGUCAAGACCGAGGUUGAACAGGAUUUCAUUGAUGUAAUGUUGUCACUUGAGGAGAAAGGAAACCUGUCAGGUUUUCUUUAUGAUGCAGAUAUUAGUAUCAAGGCUACAUGUCUGGCUCUAAUCGCUGGUGCCAGUGGCACCACAACAACCACACUAAUAUGGGCCAUCUCAUUGCUUCUGAAUAAUCAAGCAGCACUGAAAAAGGCACAAGAAGAACUGGACCAGCAUAUCGGCACUGAACGUCAAGUUGAUGAAUCAGACCUUAAGAACCUAGUGUACCUUCAAGCAAUAAUCAAGGAAACCCUCCGCCUAUAUCCUGUUGCACCCCUCAUACCCCGGGAAUUCAUGGAAGAUUGCACAAUAGGUGGUUAUCAUGUAGCAGCUGGUACUCGCUUAUUAAUAAAUGUAUGGAAGAUUCAUAGGGAUCCGAGGUUUUGGACAAAUCCAUUAGCUUUCGAGCCAGGGAGAUUUCUGACAAGCCAUGCUGAUAUUGAUGUCAGAGGUCAACACUUUGAGCUCAUUCCUUUUGGCUCAGGUAGGCGGUCUUGCCCAGGUGCACCAUUUGGGCUCCAUGCUCUUCACCUGGCACUUGCCAGGUUCCUUCAUGCAUUUGAUCUGGCAACCCCAAUGGAUCAGCCAAUUGAUAUGAGUGAGAUGCCAGGCACACAUGUACCAAAAGCUACGCCUUUAGAGGUUCUUGUUUCCCCUCGUCUCCCUGCAAAACUCUAUCGCUGUGCUGAAGUAUGAAGUUUGGAUAUCUAAUAACAAAGGAUGAGUUCUGAAGGUGAUUUAACAGUCCCUUUAUGGAGGUGUUGGAAGUAUAAAUUUAAAUAUUAAUUAUAUGUAUGCAAGAGUCUUUAUUAUAUUAAUAUAUAAAGAGCCAUAAGUUAUGUAAGUUUAAAAGAGUGUAGAAAUUUAAGAGUUUAUGAUUAUAUAUAUGUGUGUAAUCUUACUUUGAAAGUGAGGAUGUGAGUUAAUAUAUCGACCACUUUGAUAAUAAGAUAUAAGGUUAUAAUUUCCUUCACUGAUUUUAUCAACAAAGUGGUACAGAGCUUUGGCAGUUAAAAAGAAAAAAAAAAAAAAAUUAUCCAUUGAAAGUGUUCCUCCAAAUUUGUGGAAAGAAAACUUGUUGUGAGGCUAUUUGGAAGGCAUUAGUCAAAAGGAAAAGGAGAUGAGAAAAAUCUUUGAAAUGAAAGCGGUGCGCUGUGAAAAAAAGUAAAAGUAUCAGAGUGUCUGCA